UAACCCUUACUCGGGUCGGGAUACCGCUUACCCGGUCGUCAUCGGGAGCGUCAUUCGUCCCUAAAGGCGACUCCUUUAAUGGAAAAUUGCUUCCCGAGUUUGGGGAUUUUUGAGACCUUUCAAUUCUCGAGGAUCGAUUUGGUUCACAACGGCAUCUACUUCGAACACCAUGGCUCCUCCAGGAAACCACCACCGCUACUACCCAGAAGUGAAAUCUCCUCUUCGUAGACAAGUCCACGCUCCUUCCCCUGUCCGAAAGUUCGGUCUCUCUUGCCCCCGACAAGUUGUUUCUGGUAAUGCUGUAGGAGUUUUACUCACAAGUGACUGUAACAGCUUAGAAAGGAAGAAACUUGAUUUGCCUUUGGACUACUAUAGAACGGAAGUGGUUGAUGUUGACGACUACGACGACGAGGUUGAUUACGUGGAGGUGAUAUCUGAUGACGACGAGGUUGAAAACGCUGUGGAUAUGGAAGAGGAGAGUGAAAAGGAAGUGUCUUUAGAUGAAGUCAAUCCGAAAAACGGGAGCUUUAUGGUGGUGGAUGAAGAAGCUGUGACUGAUGAUGUCUGCAGCUUUGAAGCGUAUAGAAAGGCUCUCAAGAGCGCUGAGAACAGGACUUCUAAACUGAAAGCCAGAGGCUUUGGUGGUUUUUUGAGAGAACGGUGUCGUGGCUUGUUGCGAAGCUUGCGUUCCUUUUUUAGACAAGACGAAGAACCAGUUGAGGAUGUACGGAGUGAACCGUUUGAACCACUUUCCAAAGAAGAGUUGACAGCAGUCAAGGAUGCAUUCUCAGCUAAUUUUCACAACAUCUUGGUUUCACAUGAGAACUCUAAUAUUGACAUUACUGUGGAAAAACUGAGGUGUCUUAAACCAGGUCAAUGGUUGAACGAUGAGGUGAUUAAUCUGUAUCUAGUAUUGCUGAAGGAAAGGGAAGCUAGAGAACCAAAGAAGUUUCUCAAAUGUCAUUUUUUCAAUACAUUUUUCUUCACCAAGUUAGUUAAUUCGGCGACUGGAUACAACUACAAUGCAGUCAGAAGAUGGACUUCAAUGAAGAAGUUGGGAUACCAUCUCAUAGAUUGUGACAAGAUAUUUAUCCCUAUACAUAUGAACAUUCACUGGACUUUGGCUGUUAUUAAUAUAAAGGAACGAAAGUUCCAGUAUCUGGACUCGUACAAAGGAAGAGAGCCUAGAAUCCUCGAUGCGCUGGGUAGAUACUUUGUAGAUGAAGUUAGGGAUAAAAAUGAAGUGGACGUUGAUGUAAGUCAGUGGAGACAAGAGUUUGUGCAGGACCUUCCUGAGCAGAGUAAUGGAUUUGAUUGUGGAAUGUUUAUGCUGAAGUACAUGGACUUUUACAGCAGAGGUCUGGAUCUUUGUUUCACUGAGGAACAUAUGGCAUACUUCCGGGUUAGGACAGCGAAGGAGAUUCUGCAACUGAGAGCUGAGUGAUUUUGUUUGAAAAGAGAAUAGUUUUGAAAGGUUUUUCAUGUAGAUAGUGUUGGAGAGAGUUACUCGAGUUAGAUGUGUGUUCUUAAAUAUUUUGGUGUACAUACAGAAAAGGAUAACAAUGUGGUUGUCUUAUGACUGUUAUCUCUGUUGCUAGUGGAAAUUUGAAUUAUUUUUUCACUAA